AUGGAUGGCCUAAGCUCACAAACAUUUAUGAGAGAUCUUGAGAGGGCAUACAAUCAUCAACAUUUAAGGGAGCCUUUACAAUACCUAGAUUUUACUCUUCGCGAAAGAGAAGAAUAUUUAGAUGGCGCCUGGAACCAGGACAUGGCAUAUUGGAAGAACGUCUUGAAAGAUAUACCCCCACCAUUGCCUGUUCUUUAUUUUUCUGACUCCAAGUCUCGGACACGCUAGACAAAUUAUGAAUUCCAUAGGGUCAGUAUACGGUUGACUAGGGAACUGACAAGUAGAAUAACCUAACAAAGUCGCACGCUGAAGGUGACACCUUUUCACUUCUAUCUUGCAGCAUUCUGAACGCUUGUAGCCCGUUUUACUGAUACCGAAGAUUUUUGUGUGGGCAUCGCUACUGGCAACCGGGCUAACGAAGACUUGCUUGAUGGUAUUGGUCCUUACGUUAACUUACUACUGAUAUAGUUUACAAAGCAUUUACCGCAUGAAAGAUUUCUGGGCGUGCUGCAAGAUACUCGAAAGAAGAUACUAGCCGCCCUCGCUCAUUCCAGACUUCUGUUUGGGGCCCUUAUUGAUGAGCUCCACAUGUCGAGAUCGGAGUAUCACAACCUACUUUUUCAGACCUUUGUGGAUUACCGCGAAGGUGCAAAGGAAUCUUCAUCUUUUGGAGGCGCGCUAAUAGACGUCAUGGAUUUCGAAACCGGGAAAACAGCUUAUGAUAUAUAUAUCGACAUAGCCGAUUAUACUACGGGCUACAAACUCAACAUUAUGGUCCAGGAAUGCCUAUAUUCCCAAAAUAAUGCGCAAUAGCUUAUGGACAGCUACCACAUGAUCCUAGAUACAUUCUCCCGACGCCCAACGGAUCUUCUGUUCUCGCCUGCUAUAUUCCCGAAUGAAAGCAUCGGUAAUGCGUUGCAACUGGGACUAGGUAAGUAAAUGACUUUUUGAGGAGAGGAAGUGGGGGAAGUUCUAUGUGUACUUGUAGUUACUAAUAGCGUUACAGGACCCUCUCUCAAGUCCUCAUAGCCUGAAACUUUAAUACAUCGUAUAGUUGAUAUUAUUAAAGUUCAUAAGGAGGACCCUGCCUUGAAAGAUGGAUAUGAAAGCUCUCUCAGUUACGAACAGAUGUUUCACCGCGUCCAACAAAUUGUGGCAAAGCUCUUCACUUUGGGUGAGAAACGAGGAUUUAAGAUCGCAGUUUUUCAAGAGCGAAGUGUUGAUUGGGUUUGUUCCUUGCUUGCAAUUAUGUACGUUGGCGCUGUAUAUGUACCUCUCGACUCAAUCAUGCCAAUCGAGAGGCUAUCUAGCAUUGCCGGGGAUUGCAAUCCCGCCGCCAUUCUUUUUGACAAUACUACUGCUUACAAGUUACCUGGUCUCGACAUCAAAGACACUACAACCAUCAAUGUCGAGACUCUUUAUGAUUCUGCUAUCGGAGUUCACGAAAUUCAAGCUACGGCCAAUAACCCAGCAGCUAUAUUAUAUACGAGCGGUUCUACCGGUACUCCGAAUGGCAUUCAAAUUAAGCAUAGCAGUUUACGCUCGAGUUUGCAUGGGGAUCCCAUUUCAUUGACUCGAUUAAUGGCUUCGGAACAAAUCACAAUGACUGCAGGAACUCCAUCCGAGUACCUCAAUUGGAUCAACAACGGUCUUCAAGACCUCCAGAGGUCCCCUUGGAAGGUGGCCAUUUGUGGUGGAGAACCAAUAACGGAUAGCCUAAUUCGAGCUUUCCGGCUGGUAGGAAAAGAAUCGCUUCACCUCUUCAAUGCCUAUGGCCCAACUGAGGUCACCUGCUCAUCUCACCGCGCGGAAAUCACUUACAGCGAGAAUUUACUGACACCUAUUCCUGUUGGUAAAGCUGCUCCUAAUGCUCACGUUUAUAUCGUUGAUAGCCAUCUCCAUCCGCUGCCCAUUGGGUUCACUGGAGAGAUUGUCAUUGGCGGCGCUGGCAUUGCUCUUGGAUAUCUAAACAAUCAUAGUGAAACAAGACUGCUGUUUCUUCCUAAUCUAUUUGCGAACCCUACCGCCUGGGCAUUUAUGUAUAGAACCGGGGAUAUGGGCCAUCUCCUCUGCGACGGCAGUCUUAUGGUUGGUGGCAGGAUCGCUGGCGAUACCUAG